UCAGACUGAGGUGAAACCACCCGACUCUGGACUUGAACCUGUGAGGACUCUUGGGGGAUUCCAGAUGAUCUUGAGGAAUGGGAGGAGAUGGACCUGGCUUAGAACCACACGCUGACUUAUGGCGGUAAAACAAUGGAUAUCUAAGAGAAAGUAGUGACGAGAUUUCAUAUUUUCUACUGGAGAGUGUCUUGAAAUGAUAGUCCGACUGUGAUUAGGAGUUUACCGCCCACUGGGAUACUCUCCUGGAAGACAUAACUCCAGACAAAGAAGAGUCUUAACUUGGAAAACGACUCACUUCUGGAUCUGGACUCUAAUCACAGAGGCUGCACCCAGCACGACUGAUAAGCUCAAGGGAAAAAAUCAAUAGCUGCAAAUCUGAGCUCACCACUCACCGAAAUGGAGGAAAUAGAGAUUGCAGACAAGAAAGACUGGAGGGAGCUUGAACCCACCUACCCCCUCAAAAUCUUCCUCACCGUCUUCUACAGCCUCAUCCUGGUGACGGGCAUCAUGGGUAACUCAAUCACCAUCAGAGUGACACAGGUGCUGAAGCGUAACGGCUACCUGCAGAAGAACGUCACCGACCACAUGGUCAGCCUGGCGUGCUCCGACCUGUUGGUGCUCCUCAUCGGCAUGCCGGUGGAGCUCUACAGCGCCAUCUGGUUCCCGUUCUCCACCGGAGAAGGGAAUGCUGCCUGCAAGAUCUACAACUUUCUGUUCGAGGCUUGCAGCUACGCCACCAUUCUCAACGUAGCCACGCUUAGCUUUGAGCGCUACGUGGCUAUCUGCCACCCGUUCCGCUUCAAAGACUUGGGUGGAAAACGUACCUCGGCGCUCAUCACCUUCGCCUGGCUGGUGUCCGUGCUCGUGGCCCUGCCGCUGCUGGUUGCCACGGGAACGCAGGGACACAUUCCCUACCUGCAGGACACACCUGUGCAGAAUCUGACUUUCUGUACCAAUCUGAGGGAGCGCUGGGUGAUGUACAGGGUCAGCAUCUUCGUGGCUUUCAUCCUCUACAUGAUCGUGUUGGUCGGUGUGGCCUUCAUGUGUCGGGCCAUGGUCCUCGUGCUCCGGAAACCUUUGGGAUCAUCGGAUGGAGGCACCAAUGGAGUCCAGAGAGCACCCAAGCAUGAGAGUUCAAGAGUCAAGACAGCCAGGAAGCAGACCAUCAUUUUUCUUGGUCUCAUUGUAGCGUCCUUGAUGGUGUGCUGGCUUCCCAACCAGAUCCGUCGUCUGAUGAUGGCUGCCGUGCCGAAGUCUCGCUGGACCUCUGCUUACUUCCAGCACUACAUCACUCUCCACCCGGUGGCCGACUCCUUCUUUUACCUGAGCUCCGUCCUCAACCCGUUCCUCUACAACCUCUCGUCCAGACAGUUCAGGGAGGUGUUCGUCCAGGUGCUGCGGUGCCGCCUCACCAUCGAACACGUCAACAAGCGCACCCUGCCAAGCUCCCGCGCCGCCUCUGCGCGCUCCCUUCAGCCGCUGCUGAUAAAGUCUUUACGUCGCGGCAGGGCGAACCGCUCCACCAUGGCGCAAGAGAAAACUCCUCCCACAUUUACAACCUUUCAGAGUCAAAGUGACUCAGGAAUUGCUUCAAAUACCCUCAGCCUGACUGAAGAGUCUGAUUCAAUUCUCAGAACAAAGACAGAUGUACCAUCAGAGACUGAAGUAUAAUGUGCUGUACAAUUUAAUGAAACACAAUGAACUGUAAAAACAAAUCAAGGAUGCUGUUUCUGUGCCAUCAGAAACUAAGAGAUAUUCCUUAUGCACAGUGAACACAGAACCAAGUGUGAAGUCAGAAACAGAUCACGUUCAGCUGACAAUUUGGCACAACAGCAAGCUUCAUGGGACUCCUCAAGUGUGAAAUUGUUAUCAAGUCUGAAAAUGAUUAUACCAAAGCUUAAAUACUCUCUUAAGCAUAAACAACCACCAGCUUGAGUAAAUGUAAAGGUACCCAGUGCAGUUUUUAGAAAACAAGUGGUGCUAUGGCGAACUGUUUUGGUUUACAAAAAAUACAACUAAUGGUUCAUGAAGCUUCGUUUGGACAUCACUAGUUCCCAUACAACAAAAACUGCAUUCUUAAUUACAUUUUGAGGGGAAAGUGUUUUCUCUCGAAUUAUAGUUGCAGAUUUAAGCAGGUGAUACAUGUGAAUUGAAACAAAGCUAUGUGGUGAGGUUUACGAAGAGAUCGUGGUUUUGGUUAAAUUAAGUAAAAGAAGCAAACUGAGUCAACAUUUGUUUUACGCAGCGCACAAACGGCUGCCUCCUUGGUAAAAGUCCCAUGCUUGUUUGACCCAUUUAUCCACCUCGACCUCCUCAUGUAGCAAAAAUGUGGCUUGGAUAGAAUGUAUUUGUGAUGCAUCAACAACAAAUUUAAUUACAUUUCCCUCCAUAUGUAACUGACAGUGCUGUUUUGUUGAAUGGGUGGACCAUUUUUAGGAGAUCUUGUUUUGGGUCCAAUGGUUUGUCCAAUACAAUAAGCACAAUAUGAACCUGGGGCCGUCUUAGAACAAUUUGGUAUUCAGUUGUGAUGGCCAAAUGAAGCUUCAUGAACCCUUCUUAAUUCCAGAGCCCACUAGACCUCUGCUGUCUGUCCAACAAAGGAUUGAAAGCACACUGAAUUGCCAUUCAAUUAGUCUUUUCCCUUAAACCAAGAGGGCCAUCUAGUGGGGUCAACGGAUACAACUAAUGGUUCAUGAAGCUUCAUUUGGACACCACUAGUAUUCAGUUCUCUUAAUACAUCCAUGACACUCAAGCUAUAUGAUGUCCUGUGGCUUCUUACUAUUCCACUCACAGACGGCUGAGACAGCAAAGCAUUAGCAUUAAGAUGGGGGAGAGGAGGGCAUUUAGCUGCUGUAAACUGAGAUGGAUGCAAUGCAGGUCUCAAAAUUUGGCCUUUACAAAUGUUUUCAGCAUAUUUGUUAGAUCUCAAGGACACACAUGCAAAUAAAAGUCCACAGGGUACCUUUAAGGUUUAGGUGACCUCUAAACCAACCACUCAACAAACUCAUCCACCACAACAGAAACUGAAUAUUACAUUUUUAUGGACAACACCAACUUUUUGCAUGUUAACCACAUCACAUUAUGUCGUAAUAUAUUUGUCUCUGAAAUAAUUUCUGUCAAGGUAUGCAUAUUGAUGCCUUAACAUACAACAUAUCCCCUGAUAGUACGGGGCAGUAUAUCUGUGGACGUUUUUACACCUAAAGUUCAUUUUCUCUGGUCUGAAUCAGUUGACGAGUCUGUAAACUUGGAGCAUUUUGUUUGGAUUUGGUUUCUUUCACAUCCAAGCGAACCAGAAUGCAUCACUGCAAAUGUGACAAUGUCUCUGCUUAUUGGUCAGAUGUGUUUAGGGCAGGAGAAAAAAUGUAAACACAUGUAGCCAAUUCAGACCACCAAACAGCUGGUCUGGACCACUGGGCUGCAGGUACCGACCACUAGGAGGCUGGUCCCGACCACCUACAGACUGGUCUGGACCACUAGUCUGUGAACGGACUGGACAGACCACUGAAUUGUCUACAACCCCAUUGCUGAAAAAGUGCUAAAAGUGUAAAAACAUCCUUUGAAGCCGAAUGAGUAAGCCCUGUCUGUUGCUUUUGUAAAGUUGGCCCAUUCUGCCCAGUGGGUCUUCAAUGAUGAUUGAGACGGAUUAAAUUUGAAAUAGUCUUCACAUUCUUUCAGGAGAAUCCUAC